AUGGACGAGUAUGUGGGGUACAAAGAAUGGAAGGAAAAGAAAGGCGAAACGCGGAGGCUGCCAAUCAAAACCAGAGAGGAUGCGGCCAAGUGGGAGAGAUUUGCCGACGCGGCGCGAGGCGGAUCGGAGGUCAAGUCCAGAUGUAUCGGUCCUCUGAAAACGGUAGACCGAUAUUGGGGCGCAGAUUUUGUCCAGCACUACCAGUUGGCUUCUAAGGGGGUAAGAUAUUGCGAAGUUACCGGCGCCGCAGCGCGGGAGCUUCGUGAUCUGGACGAGGCUGUGACGAAGUUGAACAGGUUAAUGCUGCGGCGGCAUUUGGCCACCGGGCGGGGGCAGCGUCGAUUGCGCGAAGUGCUCAACCCGAUCGAUCAGGCCGAUCUAGUGAAUCUAAAGGCCUGGUCGCACCGAGAUUCAUUCGACAAGGGCAAAGACUUUCUUCCGUACCGGAAACUGGCUGCUGCCGACUUGCCUCCCGGCUUUGGCUUCGACAAAUUUGGGCUCAUGAUGCGAGAGGAGUUUGCUGUCUCGCUGCCCGCCGACACCAUUGAAACGGCAGCCGCGUUCGGUGCUGAUAUCACUGGACGCUCGGGACCCAACGAUGCUUGCGACGUCGGCGUGCCGGGGCUUGAUCCCCCGCACGGCGCCAGCCCGGGGGACUCGAACUUCGGCCGUUUCGUCGAACAGGUCCUCGAUGCUGUCCUUGCACAUGAGGAACCAAACGGGCCAUCCGCCGCCAACGAGAGCAGUGAGGACGCUAGCUCUACAGAACGUCAUGCCGGCGCCGCCCAUUCCUCUUCUCCAGGUCCCUCCCAGUCGACAACGCCGUUGAGCUCACCGCCAGAGUCUCCUCCUGCCACCCUUUCCGCUGCCGGAGUCCCGUUCGGGAAUGCCGCACGAGGGCUGGCCGACACCAGCCCACCCGCCGAUAGCGACGCCGAUGACUGCCGGCUCCCCAAAGAUCAAUCAUUCCGCCAGCUUCUUCGCUCACGAGUAACAAACUCCGACAAGUCCGGCGGCGGAACAGCGGAAAGUGCUAGAAACGCGGACUGCCAACACGCCACCAAUGCUCCUGUAGCGCGACUCCGAGGACGAAGUGGCAAGCCAGGCUACUACGAAGCGCCGCCGAAGAGGUCCAAACCACUCCGUCAGCCCGAGCUGCUCGGCACUGCGCGUUUGCAAAGCGAUGUUGUCCACCCAAAAUAUCAUCAACGUUAUUAG